AUGGGAUCCACCGUGUUAGGAUUAGGAGCAUGUGCUCUAUCCUCAGUCUUCUUUGGAAGUCUCUUCGUUCCAAUCAAGAAGUUUGAUCCCGGAAAUGGACUUUUUGUACAAUGGGUGAUGGCCGCUGCCAUUUUCAUGGUGGGACUCUUGGUCAGUGCUUUUCGGGGUUUCCCAAUGUUUCAACCCUUCGCUAUGCUAGGAGGCAUGUUCUGGUCUUUAGGGAACUGCUCUUCCAUUCCUAUUAUGAGUGUUAUUGGAAUGGGCUUGGGUAUGCUGAUUUGGGGCAUUACUAACUGCAUAGCUGGCUGGGCUACCGGAAGAUUCGGUCUGUUCGGGAUUAACCCAACUAUUCCAUCUAUGCCAGUUCUCAACUACUUUGGACUUCUUUUGGUUAUUGUGGGAGGAUUUCUCUUCUCUCAAGUUCGUUCUCAGUGCAGAAAUGCAGAGGAUUUGCCAGAAGAGGGUGACGAUGAGAGUGAGGACGAAAACACUCCAUUGGUUCAGGCUGAACGCUAUGAUAUGAACCGUAGAUGUAGAUAUAUUGCAAUCGGAGCUGCUUUGGUUGCUGGUCUGUUCUAUGGAAUAACAUUCCUACCAGUUAUUUAUAUCCAAGAUCACCCAGAUUUGUACCCUGGCUCUUCAAGUCAAGGCUUGGAUUAUGUUUUCUCCCAUUUUACAGGAAUUUUCGCAACUUCAACAGUAGCAUUCCUUAUUUACGUUUUGGCUUCAAAGAACCGUCCAUCUGUCAAUGCUCGACUCAUUGGUCCCAGUUUUCUAUCUGGGAUCAUGUGGGCGAUCGCGCAGUCCUCCUGGUUUGUUGCGAAUGACAACAUAUCACAAGCUGUAUCAUUCCCUAUCAUAAGCAUGGUCCCAGGUGUUUGUGGCGCUCUAUGGAGCGUUUUCUAUUUCAAAGAAAUAUCUGGCAGAAGCAAUCUUCGUCUUCUGGCGAUGGCAGUACUGGUUACUCUGCUUGGAGCUGUAGCUGUAGGCUACUCUAAAUAG